GAAGUGCUUAAGUGUAUUGAGCAAUAUGAGAAACAAUGAUCGAAACUUCUAAAGAAAUAGAUGCUAUUAGACAGCAAUAUGAGCCAUUGUUGAAAAGCUGGAUAGAAGAUCAAACUGUUGUGGAUAGAUGUUUAACUGCUCUGGCCAGCAUACUGGAAACAUAUAUCCUGUUUUCAGGUUUGGAAAAUGAAAAUGUUGACUUAUCCAGUGUGUCAGUUGAUAGAAUAUUGGAAAGCUAUUCCGCGGUUAACACAGAAAGGCAAUCUGAAUCUAUCUUAUAUGGCCAAGCAAUGGAUACGAUUUACAGAAUCAAAAAAACAAAACCAAUUGAAAGGGGCACUGCAUCGCCACUCAUGGCGAAUUUAACAGCCAACCUACCUGGAGCAAUUACAUUGUUUUUAAAUCACAAGAGUAACUCUGCAACGAAGAUAUUGUACGAAAUGAAGCAAGCAUGUGAAAAACAUGAUAAAAGGACAUUACCUAAAAUGGAAAAAUUGUCGUCAAUGGCUGCUCUGCACGUUGCUAGGGAUAGCGAGUGUAGUGACGCAGAUAAUAAAAUCGCAGAAGCGAUCCAACAGAGCUUCGUCACCGUUGAAAAGGAUAUCAACACUAUUUUGGAACUCAUCGCAUCAGCAACGCUUGACCCUUAUGAAAAGGAAGAGAAUAUUCAAGCGUAUCUACAGCAAAUCAGUGGUUAUAAUAUCCAGAAUGUUAAGCCAUUGUGGCGUAUUAUAAAAUAUGGACCCACAAUUUAAGAGUUGUUAGGAACCGCCACACUGA